UGCUAAUGAAGCAGCUGAGCGGCGGCAGCUCUGCUUCUCCUGACCCGCAUUCACCCGUACUGUACAGGCGGGGGGGAGGACCGAGCACACAGCGCUAAUAAACGCCGUAGAGUUCCCGUGCAGACCGUGGCCAUGGCUCUGGCAGUCCCUGACAGACACGGCGCUCCCGUCUCCUCACACCUCACAGCGGACUGAACGGGGGGCUAACACCGGGAGAAGCGUUAGCUCCGCCGGCUGGCACGGUUGUUAACCGGCUGGACUCGCGUCUAUCUCUGUUGGUUCUGCUUUUUAUUUUUCUCUUCACGUGUUAAUCCGGCUGUUGUUUCCUCACGGGGCUUUAUGUUGACGGCACAGGAGGCGGUUCUGUACCACAAGUCGAGCAUUGGAUGAGGGCAGCAGCAUCAUCGUCUGCUUCAGUGGAGGACCGUCAGAUGAGUCUUUGUGGGGCCCGAGCUGCAGGUCAGGACACCCUGGGUUAAGAGUUUGCAGACCGGCUCAGGAACAUCUAUUUCAACAAAGACACUCAUCCCCAAAACACCAUCUGAUGCUUGUGUCAUCGAGUGAGAACGUCCUCCGUCUUCUCAGCACCAGGUGAAGCCCCUGAUGACGCCUACCGGUGCGUGUUAGGAGGCAGAGCGGAGCAUCGACUCCUUCAGAUGGACUCUGGGAAAAACCACCAGCAUCCUCUCUCUCAAAAAAGACAUAAGACAGAAGAAUCUAGUCGAGACUGAGACAACACUACCUCCCGCCGUCCUCUCCUUGUCCUCCGAUCCAAUCAGAGAUCACCUCCUCUGCUCUCUACCUCCCACAGAAAUAGAAAAGGAAGAAAACAAAACAAGUGAAAGCAAUUUAUUAGCCGUUCCUCUUCUUCUCUUCGUGCAACAUUUCUCCAUUUACCUCAGGGAUUCUCUCCCACUGCCUACCUCCUCCACCGAAACAGCCAACCUAGUGACUGGAACACAGAGCAAAAACACACCUGUGACCUCUCGCUGCUGUUACCAUGACAACCUGUAUUGCCUCUGAAGCUCUCUUCACUGCAACCAUGACGACCAGCAAUGACCUUGGACCUCUUACCACCUGCCAGCUCAGACCUGCUCACUGCCUAAAUCGUACUGAUCCACACUUGUAGCCUGGAGCUCGGGCUCGUUAUUACCGCAAGGAAAAGUGUCAUAUUGCCAGAGCGGCAGCUACACACUCACAUUAGCCUCACACACCCUGUGUACAAUAAACCUGGCAGGAAACUAUAUACCUCAGCAGACUCUCAAGGACUUCUACUGAAGGGAACUUUUCAACAACAGCGUUCACUAUCCUGGUGCUUCAGUCCACACACAGCAGGAAACACAUGCUCACCAGCCUGGUGCUUCAAUCUACCCAGUAGACGACUCACUUCAGCAUCUUCCAUUUGCCUUAGAGGCAGGAGUAUAGCAACAGUAGCCAGGGAGGCCUCCAGAGAAGCAGAGAGAGACUCAGGAGUCCUGCCUGGCAGGCAUCUUCAUUUCAUAUGCUUCUCAGCAAAGUCACAUCAUACACACGCCUCCCCAUCUAAGCAGUAGCAUAAAUCAGCAGUUUCCCAAGAGGCCUUCGGAGAUCACAGAAGAGACUCAGAAGCACCCCCUGCCUUGAGCUUCACCCUGUGACGCCUCCAGAGAAGUAAAGCUACCCACGGAGCGGCACAAGUUCUGGGGAGCCUCAGCGGCUUUUCUGACUCUGGAGGGAAGUCACACAGAAUAAAGAAGUCCCAGGCAGAUUUAACUCAGCGCACUAUGAGCCUCGGAAAGUUAGAAGAGUAAACACGGAGAUCCAUGAAGAAUGCAGCGCUCUCUUUUGCUUCCACUGAUGUCCCGCCCACCGUGCUCCUCCCAGCCAAUCGCUGCGCAGAUCCUCAGAUGGCUGUCUGUUGAAGGGCCCGCCGGCGAAUGCUGAGCAGGCUGGCGAGGUCGAGGUCCGCCUCAUUGUCCUGUGACUGGCUGCUGGACGGGACUGAGGCUACAUGGAGCCAAUGUCCAACAAGCAGGAUAGCAACUCAUCAGAGGGAGACGAGAAAGGGUGGCCAGAUGUGCCGAAGAGAAAGAGUAAGAACGGCCAGUGUUCGGGGAAGAGCGUGUCUGCUCUUAGUGUCUCUGUUCCAGGGUACAUCCCCAGCUACCUGGAGAAAGACGAGCCGUGCGUGGUGUGCGGGGACAAGGCGACUGGCUACCACUACCGCUGCAUCACCUGCGAGGGUUGCAAGGGUUUCUUCCGCAGAACGAUCCAGAAGAACCUCCAUCCAGCGUACUCCUGUAAAUAUGAAGGCUGCUGCAUCAUCGACAAGAUCACGCGCAACCAGUGCCAGCUGUGCCGCUUCAAGAAGUGUAUCUCAGUGGGCAUGGCCAUGGACUUGGUGUUGGACGACUCGAAGCGCGUGGCCAAGCGGCGUCUGAUCGAGGAGAAUCGGCAGAAGAGGAAGAGGGAGGAGAUGGUGCGGACGCUGCAGACGAGGCCAGAGCCAACCACGGCAGAGUGGGAGCUGAUCAGGAUGGCGACCGAGGCCCACCGGCACACCAACGCCCAGGGCUCCAGCUGGAAACAGAAACGCAAGUUCCUGUCGGAUGAUAUCGGCCAGGGCCCGAUGGUGUCCACGUCUGACGGGGACAAAGUGGACCUGGAAGCCUUCAGUGAGUUCACCAAGAUCAUGACCCCCGCCAUCACACGCGUCGUUGACUUUGCCAAGAAGUUGCCCAUGUUCUCCGAGCUGCCGUGUGAAGACCAGAUCAUCUUGCUGAAAGGCUGCUGCAUGGAGAUCAUGUCGCUGCGCGCCGCCGUACGCUACGACCCGGACAGCGAGACGUUGACGCUCAACGGUGAGAUGGCCGUGAAACGCGAGCAGCUGAAGAACGGCGGGUUGGGAGUGGUGUCGGACGCCAUCUUUGAUUUGGGCAAGAGCCUGGCUCAGUUCAACCUGGAUGACUCUGAGGUGGCGCUGAUGCAGGUCGUGCUGCUCAUGAGCUCAGACCGCUCGGGGCUGACCAGUGUGGAGAAGAUCGAGCAGUGCCAAGAGGCCUACCUGCUGGCGUUCGAGCACUACAUCAACUACCGCAAGCACAACAUUCCCCACUUCUGGCCCAAGCUGCUGAUGAAGGUGACGGACCUGCGCAUGAUCGGAGCUUGCCACGCCAGCCGCUUCCUCCAUAUGAAGGUGGAGUGUCCCAACGAACUCUUCCCCCCGCUCUUCCUGGAGGUCUUUGCGGACCAGGACGUGUGACUUAAAGGACGCUGACACCAAGGCACCCCCUCAAAGAACCCUGGACUCGGAUCUAAUUAAUAAAUUUGGGGAGGCUUUGGGGGAAGAGGAAGUGAGGGGGAAGAACAAGAGAAGAAAAACUGGAUUUUUUUUUUCUUCAGUGGGAACGUGCCCUGUAAACUUUGUUUUUUGUCCCGUUUUUUCUCAAGACCCACCACCUGCCACCAGCAAACACACACCGACUUCACCAGAGAGAAACACACUGUCAGUCUUAGAGGUACACACACACAGAGCUAUAUAAAGAGUCACAGGUAUUCACACAGAUUCAGACACACUGCCAUGAGCGUACAGUGCAAACAUAUGCAAACACAAACCUCACCUGUUAACUCCAGUUGCACCUGUAUGGACAAACAGCUGUACUCUACACUACUGCAAACUCCCUCCAGCACCCACCUCAACAAAGUGUCGUUUUGUUUUUAUCUCUGGGACCUGACCACUAGCUCCUCAGACGACCCCCCGCCCCCGCCAUCUCCCACACAUGGCGUCCUCCGUCUGCCCGUGCAGCCCAGCCCUCAGCCCUCAGCCCUCAGCCCUCAGCCCACAGCCCACCGAGGCCCCGUGAGUGUUUGUCAACCUACCUCCCCCACGUACUGACCUCUCCAUCUCUCUCACGUCCACACAGAGGCACAAAACACACCCUGACGCUCUUACCUCAUGUCCUGAAAUGUAUUUCCACAUUUAUUGGUAGUCUGUUGAGAAAGCCAUGCAGUCUUCAGUCUCUAGUGUUAGGACAAGUAACAGUGGGAACACUUUGUAUGAAGCUCUUACCUACAAUGAGUCAUUUACACAAAACACCUGCGUGAUGGAUCCUGAUGGAUUAUAUCAGCUCAGCUACCAGAUACGCUCCAUCAAAAUAAAGUUUCACUACAGAGAAAUGUAGCAAGCUAAGCUACGAGAAAACGGCUAAAGUAACUCACUACUUGCAAAGUUACUUUUAUUUUUUGACUAUAUGUCAAAUCAGCGUUUUCUCAGCGAUCAGAAAAAGUGUCAGACAAAACUAUAGGCUCUCUCCUCAGCCCUUGUUGUGUCUAUUUCUCUGGUGUCCACUGCAAAUCAAUAGCAAAGCAGCAGGCAGAUAUUUGUUAUUUGGGUAGGUGUUUGGUUUUCAAUUUUUGACUCCCCGCCAAAUCAGCAAACUUUCUGUUGCUGCCGUUACACAGGUUAUACACAGCGGUGAAUGUCCGUCUCUGGAGCCACUCCCCUCCUGGCAAAUAAUCAGUUCCGUGUUUGCCUGGUUAGCACAAGCUAAUGUGUUCACACCAAACACAAUGCGAAUUUUCAUUUCACGUUAGUCACGCAAGUUCACACUAGAAUAUUUUGUGUUGACUUGCUACAUACGUGCAAAUAACUCGCAUCGUACGCACUUAAAAUUGCAGAAUUGAUAAAUUAACUUCCACUGGUGCGUCCUCAGCCUCAAUAUUGAUUGGCUAUCGUGGUGCAAACUGGUUGCUGAAAUUCAGAUUUUUCAACUCUCACAACUAAGCGUGUGACGGGAAACCGCACUACUCGCCUAAUUUGCGUAUUUUGCGUCAUGGUGCUCCAGCUCUCGCUCUGUUCAAAAUGUGGACUACAAAUUGUGGGUUUGCAGGUUCGUUGUUUCCCCCUGCUGCCAGUCUUUGUGCUAACUUAAGCACGUCCUCGGAGGAUGAAUUGUAAUCUCUUUCAUCAGGUCAGAAUUUCACUUUCUGCAAUACUAUUUUGAAUGUCUUCAACGCUAUCAUGCUAACAUGCUAACAAAGCAAACACUACUAGCUGCCAUGAUUAAUAUUUUCCUAUUAACAGCAGAUUAAUAACACAUUUCGCCUUUUCAUGCAAAACGGAUCGAGACCAGAGCUCAGAUAAUAAAGUGAAUUACAGCUACAGGCUUCAUACGAAGUGUUUCCACUGCUUUUAUUUUACAGUGUAACAAAUUCAAACUUACUUCAUAACAAAUGACAACACAUGACUUGAAAUACUGCAUCCUGUUACUCAUUAACACUGACAGAUACCCUAUAGUACUCACACACAGUGUAUCAGUAUAUGCUGUGUGUGUGUAUAUAUAUAUAUAUAAAUAUAUCGCUAGGAUACCUCUCCGACACAUACCUCCUGUCUUCAUUACCUCACACAUAUUACACCCAGUUGUUUUUUGACGUAUUACCUCAGUUGUUUUGUUGCUCAUCUCUCCCUCCUCCGAAAUAACCACUGGGCUGCACCUAACUUCCUGUCUCUCUGUGUGCGUGUGUGACUGCGUCCUCUCAUCGGAGCCCUCUUAAUCACAUCGUAGCCCCGCCUCCUCACCUCCCUACCAGGUUCAAGGCGAUGGUGGCAGCGGCGGGAGAGGAUGCCGUCACUAACCUCUGCAGGCCUCCCCCCGUCACCCGUACCUGUUUCAAGUCCCGCCUGUAACCGACAGAUUCUACCUCACCUCUCAUCUCAGUGCAGCUGCCCGUCUGUCUGCAACACACCGACAUGCACACAUAUAUAAAUAUAGAUAUUUAUAUAUAUGUACACACACGAGUUGCCAACAUGGACCCGUUGACUCCUCCAGCAGCAGGUCUUUAAAACGGGAUCAACAUCUGACAGCUGACACACAGACUUCCUCCCAUUUUUCAUCCUGAUCACACACCACGAGGGACCAACAGUCACUUUGGAUUCUGUUUUUAUUCAGGAACCUGAAAUGACAACGAGGGCAGGGGUGAAUUUGUGACGUCACAGCGUGCCGAUUAAAGGAAACUGUCGUGGGACAACGACAGCUGGAAGCUGGGACUCCAGUGGAAGCCAUUUUGGCCCGAUGGGUCAGGCCAACGGACUACUGUGGGUGGUGACUGGGAGAUACACAAACAGCAAGUGAGUCAGCAGCAGUAUUCGCCUGUGGAUAUGGUUUCAUCCCGGCCGAGGGGAGGGAAACGGCGAGCGAGCGACUGUGGUGCGCAGCGUUGUGACUCAGGCCAAGCCAACAGCAAACCGCCACACGAAAAAAAAAACAGACCCUUCUUCUCGCGCAUUCAGUCCAUCUCCAGAUCCUUCCCUCGCCGUCGCAGCAGAAAUGGACGCAGAGACUUUCUGAGCGACUGUCCUAUCCCAGAAACUUACAAUAUGAAUUAAACACUGCUGAAAUAAGCUCCACCAACCAUAUCCCAAAUGCCAUCCACUACAAGUAACUAUCAGGUUUUUUUCUGUUGCACUAAAACCACAAUGUCUGUAUCCCUUAGUAGCCCUGAACCCCUUCUUUAACCCCGCCCCCACAUCUUUCCUGUUCCUGCCUGUCUUAACAAUACUCUCUAAACACAAGAACACACACUCUCCGUUAUCUCAUCUCUGUUGAAACCAAGAAGGACUGUGACAUGGCCUUCAGGCGCCGCCGCUCUCAGUGUUACCGCUCUACGUUGCAGGGUAUUAAAAUAGAACCAUAAGCGCUGAUUAUACAGGGAUACAUACACACACUCGCAGCAGCAGCAUACACACACAUACACACACAGCAAUAGGAUGAUCAAGCAGUACAGUUUCACACCCGCCACCUCCAGGCCUGCUGUGUUUCGUACCGUACUUUGCUCACUAUCACUGUGAAUGAAAGCCAUGCUGCAACCGGGUCAUGGCUCAGACAGGGAACUGCUGGCUUAGUAAUCCUGACAUGAUAAUGUGCCUCCCUGAGGUCGGUAAUACAAAUAUACAUUAUACAGUAUACAGAAGCAUAUAUUUAUAGACAUAGAUAUAUAUAUAAAUGUUGCAGUUAUUGUUUGUGGCAUUAGAGCUAUCAGCGGCUGAGUUUACGCUGCCAGCUCAAAUCAGAUCCGACAUCCGUCUGACCAGUCAUGUAGCAGAAGGUGUCAGUUUACCCAGCUGUAUUAAUAUCUGUACAAUAAUAUUUAUGCAUUGUUUGCAGUUGACGUCAUAUUGCAUUAUAAUGCUUGUUUGCCUUGUGGAGACCACCAACUAACCUUCAAAGUUUACCCACCUUUUGCAUACCUCUGAGUCACUUCAUAUAGCACAAGAAGUACCUUAAGCAGAAACACAUCGCUCACUUUUCCCUGCUCCGGGAGAACAAACAUGAGAUCAGGUCCACAGAGCUCCAUGAACUGAGAUCUAAGAUUUGAGCUGGCAGCACAGCUGCUCCGUCUGUCUCUCUCUCUCUCUCUCUCUCUCUUUCUAUCUUUCAGCCAAAUGAUCACUGGAGAAAUCCUCCCCGCCCCGUCCUCUUAAAACAACCACACCAGCACCACAGAGCACACUGCCUUCAGCCAUGAUCAGUUGCACCAGCAUAGCAGAGAGACAGACCAGUAGUCAGUCACCAUCCUCCUCACCAAAAAGCCAUUUUUACCUGGAGAUCACUGCUCGCUAUGAUACUGCUAUGUUCAGACAGCAGGCAAAUCCAAUCAGUGCUUUUAAUCCGAUCUCUUCAUGGUGUUUUAACUGACUUGAUUGAAUUUGGGACAGCGUAUUAAUUUGCAACCUGGCAACACGUUUUCCGCAUGAUCGACAACUCGAGAUGCUUCGACAAACCUUUGACACGGAGAGCUCCUUCUAACUUUUACAGCUUCAUAACCCUCCAUGCAUUCAUGAGAGAAGCCAUUCUUCUACUCUAACAAGGAAUAUCUAAAGCCGACAUAAAAAAAAAAAAAAGGAUUUGCUCUGUGUGUUUGAACACAGCCUCGUGGUGGUACAUGAGGCAAUUUUGCAGGCAAAGCUGGAUGGAAAUGCCUCCCAUCUAUAACAGCUGCAGGAAGUGAGCCCAGCAUUGAAGCAACUUUUAGUAGUGGCCAAACAGUUGUACUGCAACUCCCCGACUCCGUCACGUGAUGCCAUUGGGCCCAAAAAGACUCACAGCAAGAGGGUUCCUGGUUAGCAACCUGGCGUGGGGGAGCCCUUCUCUGUGAAGUUUGCAUGUUUUCUCGUGUCAGCGUGGGUUUCCUCCAGGUGCUCCGGUUUCCUCCAACAGUCCAAAGACAUGCAGGUUGAUUGGUGACUUUAAAUUGGUUGUAGGUGUGAAUGUGUCAGGCUCCAGUCCCUCUGCGAAGUGGUUACAGGAAAUUAAUGAAUGAAAUAGACCUGACAAAAAUGUCAAUGGUGGACUUUCGAACAUUCAAAGCUGAGAACAGCCAUGCCUGCAGUUACCUUCAAAUGUUGCAUGAGCGACAGGCUGGUGAACUCCAGUAGUCUAGGAUAAGCACGUACGGAAAUGAAUGAAUGAAGUUAGCUGACUGAUGAGCUGGAAGUAGCCAGCUGUAACGCGCCUGCUCUCUGGGCCCAAUGAUACGGAAGCAGCGCUCAUCAUCUGCGUAAUUUCCAAUCACGAAAAAAGAGCUUUUUUGGCUUCAUGCGCCACUGAGCAAAUUUUGUAGGAAUGAACAAGGCCCCGCCUCGUACAUAGUAUUCAGGUCUCUUAACACAUCGAUGGUUGAGGCCCAUCAGAGUUGCCUCAAAAGUUGCCUGCACACCCUGUAUCAUUUUCCACCCCCUACCUGAGCUGCAAAAGUCUCCGUCUUUUCUGCACCGUGACCACAGAAUUGUGUUUUCUCUUUCUCUCUCUCUCUCUCUCUAACUGUCUCUUAGAUUAAACUUAGGGGUUAAGUUUUAUGUUGCGUUUACAAUAAACUAAAAUGUGAACUUGAUGCUCUGAAGCUCUGCUGCUGCAGCAUAGCACAAAACUAUAACAACCACUCUGAAGCAGUUCAAAACUCAUGCAACUCCUUUUCCACAAAUACUUCUACUACUUUUAUUACUUACCCAGGGAAACAUCUGUAAGUCAACAGCAUCCUCUCUCUCUCUUCCUCGCAUCUUUUCCCGUCCUUACACCUCCAUUCCGUCCCUUCCCCGACGUUCCCAUUCUCCUUCCUGUUAUUUUCAAUCCUCGCCCCGAUUUACGACCCCGUCCCUUAUUUAUUUCACUCUGUCCUCUUGGUAUGCACCUCCCUCCUCCCUCCCCACAAACACUCACAGAAACCUACCCCAACUCAUACUAGCACUCUUUGGUGGAGAUAGUCGACAAUCCCUGCAGGAAUAUGUCCACACGUGGAAUGUAAAAUACUGAAAUUGUACGAUUAAAGACACGGUGUGAAGUUCCACACUCAUGUUGAUUUUGAUGUUGUUGAUGUUGCUUUCGUUGUGCACCAAGUGUUCGUUGCUCUGCUUAUUCUAGAGUGGAUGAGUUUGCCAGCGGGGUUAAAACCUUGAUCGUGUGACAGACUGCUACUGAUAAGUCCUUUUACUUUAAUAUAGUAUGUUUAUAAAAGACUUGUGGUGUGAGGACAGAUGAAGUGACUUUGUUUUGAAAAUAGAGAAAAAAAGAUGUUUUUUUUUCUCUCUGAUUUUUCUUUAAUGCCGUUAUUAAUUUGCAUCUGAUUUAUCUUGGUAAGUGAAUGUCUGUCUAUCUGUGUUGAUGCUUUACUGUGAUAAAAAUGGCUGUAUAUGCACUUUCAGACCAUCGUUGGUGCAGUGGUAGCUAGUGCUCAAAUGUCACCCAAGGGCCAGGGUUCAAAUCACCUUCAGUUUAGCUGAAAAAUGAGUCUGCAUAGAUCUGUGAUACAGCCUGCUGUUCAAUUUUUUGGGAUAUGUAAUCAGAUUUAGCAUUUAAACUAUUUAGUUGCCUUAUCCUGGUGUUAUGAUCUGCAACCAGAUGUGCUACACAUUCAUAAUAACACCAUGAAAUUAUUUAUAAGGAAUAGGCCCAUUGGUCACACGGGAUCUCGUUAACUGGCUCCAGAGCUAGCUCUGCAGUGUGUAUGCUAGCACUUCAGUGUGUAGUUUGAGGUGUCUUGCAUUAUUCAGAGUUUAAUCUUUUAGUGUCACAAAUGUGGCAGCAGUUUGCAUUCAUACUGUGGAUUUUUCAUAAAUUAUCAUCAACAACAAAAAAAAUCACGUUUUAAAGUCUGUAUUUGAGUUUUCCCGCCUUUUUUGAUAGCUUCCAUUACUGCAACCUGUUGCUAAGGCUAAUACUUCCUUUUGGGUCAUAAAAUUAUUAUUAAUUAUAAAAACAUAUACUUUUUUCUCAAAGAAACAAGAAUUUUUUCAAAUCUAAAUUCUGUCUGCCAUUAGAGGAGCCAUAGCUAACAGCUAACUAGCUAGCUGCUUGGAUAUCUUGGCAACUUGUGACUUGUGUCAUUUAAAGUAUAACCUUUUAGUGACAUAAACAUGGCACUAGUUUCAAUUUAUAGUGUAGAUUUUUCAGAAAUUACCUAAAACAGAAAGGUAGGCUUUAAACAGUUUUGAAGCCUACAUUUCAGUUUUCCCUCCGUUUUUUUUAGCUUCCGCCAACGCUUCCUUUGAGAGGCCAAUACACUGGAAACUCCUUCUGGGUCCUAAAAUUGUCUUAAAGGAGCCAAAAUUUAACUAUAAUGAUAGUUUUUCUUAAUAAUAAUGUUUUGGGUUUUUUUAACUGUUUCUCUGAUAAACAAGAAUUUUCUUAAAUCUAUCUUCUAUCUGCCAUUAGAAGGUUCAUAGCUAACAGCUAACUAGCUAGCUGCUGGGAUAUCUUGGCAACUUGUAAACAGAACAAAUUAUUCUUACUAUCACAAAGCGUUUAAUGUCAGUUCAGCCUCAGCGCCCAUUGAUUUUGGCAUAAUGAUUAAUUGUAACAGAUUUGGAACUGCAAUUGAAUUGUUCUCAUAAAUGCUUCCACAUUUGAGUAAUUAGCAUUUCUACAACCAAGCUUUCUACACACAAUUUAACAAGCACUUACUUGCUGAUGGUGUCUAAAAGAUAAUUUAUUGCUAUGUAAUUUGAGGUGACUUGCGUUAUUCAAAGUAUAACAAUUUAGUGACAUAAACAUAGCAGUGGUUUUUACUUCAGAAACUACCUAAAACAAAUCCUCAAGUUUUGAAGCCUACAUUUGAGUUUUCCCGCCUUUUUUGUUAGCUUUCACCACCACUACCUUAUCAAACUUUUUCUCCAAGAAAAUAGAAUUUUCUUAAGUCUGGCAUCUAUCUGCCAUUAGAGGAGCUGAAGCUAACAGCUAACUAGCUAGCUGCUGGGAGAUUCUGGCCACUUGUAAACCGAACAAAUUACUCUCACUGUCAAGUAGAGAUUACGGUCAUGUCAAGGCUCAGGGCCUCUUGGUUUUGGCCUAAUGAUUAGUUGUAACUUAAUUAGGAACUGAAACUGUGUUUUCUCAUCAACGCUCCCACGCUUGAGUUAUUAGCAUUUCUACAGCAAAGUUUUCUGCACACAACUAACAAGCAGCUGACGUAUUGUUUCCCAAAGCUUUAGCAUUCACAUUGCUUAGCUUUAACACCUGUCUCUGUUCCCGCUCUCAUGUUGUGCACCAAUGGGCCAAAAUCCCAUAAAAUGGGGUUUAUUUCCUCUAAAAAAAUAAACCUCAGCUAACCUCGCAGGUCAAUAGAUCUGAAGUACAGUUUCACCUAAUAUUUUUACAAUAUAUUUGUUUUUCUUAGGGACUGUACAAAAGUUAUUGGCAUGAGGUUAAACAUUAUAUUUCAUGUCUUGCUUACCUCACAUAACAACACAUUUUGAGUACAGUGUCACUAAAUACUUUAAUCAGUCGUUUUCCUGGGGGACUGUAUGUAAAUUAUUGGUGUUCUUUUUAGCAAAAAUAAAAAUGACAUGACCCUCCCUCCCUGAUAAUUUUCAGACAGUCCCUUACAGCUCAUUAUGGAUGCAUAUAAUAUUGUUUCUACUUCCAGUACAAUUAAUAGGGUACUUUGGGGGAAAUGUUUAAUAAGUUUAUUGUAAACUAAGGUUUUGCCAAAUUCAUCGUCCAAUUAGUUGAACUGAAAGUGAAUGAACCUGAAUCCUGCUUUCCACAGUUGCUUGGGCUGUAUCACUUGCUAAGCUGGGCGUUUGCUCGUACUCCUGAUCUGGAUCAAUAAAAAUAAUAAAAAAUAUCACCAACGUCCUGUUCUUAGCCUUUAGAUUGUUUAAAAUCUUGCGAUGUAUGAAUCUGCCGUAUAUUAAUCUUGAUGUUGUGACAAGAAUAUUGCUUUUCAUGGUAAAAACAGUCUCACCAUACAAAGAGGAAAGAAACAAAAAAAUAUCACAAAAUAGAAACCAAAAAAAAAAAAAAAAAAAUCGAGAUUUAUACAACUGUUCAUACCUCAUUGUACUGCUUUGUGCCAGAGUAAAGGAGAUGGAGUGAUCAGUCUCAAGCAAGGAGAAUCACCAGUGGUUGGCAAAAUAUGGAACAGGACCCAGCAGUGGUCUCAGGAAGAUUAAAAUGUGGCCCCAAAUUUUUUUGAAUAAAAACUGGCGGCUUUAAUAGUUUUUGUCGGGACAGUUUAGUUCCCAAAAUGUAAGCUCGUGUGAAAAAAGAAAACACUCAAAAUGUGUUGUAGAGGGCGAGUGGAUCUGCUAAAAAUGCUUACAGGAUCUGUUCAGGUUGUACAAUACAUCAUUGUAACAAUGUUGUGGCUCUAGAUAAAAACAUGUUUGAGAAUUACUGCACUUUGUUAUGUCUAUAAGAAAAUGAUAGCAUGAAAUAUGAAGCCAUGCUUUGAGUAUUUAUCAUCAGCUGGCAGAUAUAUAUUCCAUCUCUACGUGUGUUCUGCCCCGACAAACCAAGAGAGGACUGAUGCAUCAUCAGGACACGAGUUGGGGUGCAUUGAGUAGUUUGGCCAAGUGAAACAUUUAAAUCCAGAUUACAGUUUUAAACGUCAUCAGCAAUGGCAAAGAAAUCAAAAAUGGUGCUCUGCCCCCGAGGAAAGCUUCGAAGAGAGAUGUUCUCUUCUUCAGGCCUUCAGAUCUCAAGUGCAAAUAUGCAAUUACACAUGUGUACUUUAAUACAGGCCAAGUAAUUGUGCCUUCAACAAGAAAAGUUUAGGACCCCACGUCCCAAACUGCUAAUCCCAUGAUGAAAAUGUCCUCUCUUGUUUUUGGUUCCUUGCUCCCUGCAGCUCCCCUUCACAGUGACUUUAUGCAGUAGCACACAACCCUGCAGCCCGAAUCAGCGUAUCUGAGCGACAUGAUGUGAGGCCCUCCGCACGCAGUAGGCUUUUUCCCGUUUGCAAAGCAGCCAUAAUUUUUUGGCACAGCACAGUGUUGAAUGUAAAGCUGAAUGAGGUUGAAGCACCCCGGACGAGAGUUUGAUGGUGUAUUUUAUAAUGCUGGUCGUGGGUUUGUAAUGGGCACGGUUGUUGUUUGUCUUGUUUUCUGUGACAAAUCAUUCAUGGCACAAUCAGAGAAUGGCAUCUCAAUGGCUCAAAGCUGUUCGUGUUUGUGGCUAUGUGACAUUCAUUUUCAACAUUAUAAAAUUAUUUGAUAUCAA